CCUCACAGCAGUCACAGCAGACGUCAAUAGUCAAUGCUCAUCACUUAAUUUUUGAGGAAAUGGACAUGGGGAACUAUGGGUUUCCUAAAUUUGAUUUACCAAACCACAAUGAAGACUACUCCGAAGAAUCAGACUCAGAAACAUCUUUUCACUGCUCAGAGGAUUCUGAUAGCGAUAGAUUGUCCACGAGCAGUGAUAACUCCAAUGAUACAUCCACUGACAGUGGCAAUGCUACCUUUGAUUCUGCCAUCAGUGUGCCUGAGAAAAAGUAUCAUUUAAUUUAUAAAGUCACCCUUGAAGAUGUCAGUAAUAUAGAAAUGAAUUUAGAUCUGUACGAGUACAUAUCUGUUAUUUUUCUUUUGAUUGAUGAUACAAGGUACGCCCUACAGUUAAUCCGCUCUUUGAUUGCUGCUGGUCCGGAGAAUUUUUCAAGAGGUAAAUUGUAUGAAUGGGCUUGCACAUCGCCUACAAAUUGGAAAUUCAAACUGUUUGAAACUCUUGCAAUAAUUCAAAACAACAAUAGUUUGAUGAGACUAGGGUGUUGUAUUCAAGACAUUAACAUAAAGAGGGAUGCACCCGUUUAUACAAACAGGUUUAAAAAAAUACUUUAUUCUUCUGUGUGCGAUUUUUUAAAAAGAGAACCAGCUCAAGACCUUAUUGAUCGGGUUAGACGUGAUGGUAAAUUCAAAGAAGACAUAACAUUGGACUGUGACCCAAUGUACAUGGAGUUUCACAUUUUAUUUUGGAUUUCUCAAGAAUACAUCAGCAUCAAAAAGGAGCCAUAUCUAGAUAACCUGAUGAAACAAAUUAAGUCAGCAAAUUUGUUGGACGUUUACUACAAUAUAAAUGAAGAAAUAAAGAACUUUACAGAUAAUGAGUGUGCAAAAACAUUCAAACAUAUAAUGGCCAAUGAAGAGGAAGAAGACUGUUACAAAAUCAAAGACCCCAAUAACCCUGGAUUGGUAGUUGUAGUUAACAACGCCAAGUUUUAUAACAACAUUGAAAAGAGGAAAGAAUUUAAGCAUAAACUCCCUAAACAACCUCUUCGUGAUAGAAUGGGAUCAGACAAGGAUGUUGAAAAUCUCAGUAAAACAUUUAAAAGCCUCAACUACAAUGUGGUUGUCAUAAAUGACGUUAAUCAUGACAAAAUGGUGGAAGAUAUCCGUGACACGGUUAGAAAUGAGUUUAAUGAGGUUCACCAUUCGGUGCUGGUUUUGUGUGUUCUCUCUCACGGGGAUAAAGGUAUGGUAUAUGGUGCAAACAGUGUACCAGUAAAAAAUGAAGACAUCAUCAAUAGCAUUUCUGGAUCAUCACCACUCAUCCAUUUACUAUCUGGUAUUCCCAAAGUGAUAAUCAUUCAGGCAUGUCAAGGCCCAGGAGUACUAUAUGUCAAUCCCGAGAAUGAACUGUUAGAGCCUGACACUACUGAAACUGAUGGUCCAUCAGUGAUGACAACUGAUGACAAUCUAACCACUGACGGACCCAAUAGUUUUGAUCCAAAAGACAGAUUGGUGUGUAUGGCAACUAUCGAUGGGUUUGUUUCAAUCCGCAGCAAGAUAAAUGGUACAAAAUACAUUCAGGAGCUGUGUCGAUGUAUUGAUAAGUACCACAGAAAAAAACACUUCUUAGACAUUAUUACUAAAGUUCAUAAACAUCUUAGUAGUGAGAAAUGCAUUGUUAAAGAUGUGCAUGAGACGCAACCAAUCUGUAUGGUUCCUGUUAUGAUUUCAAAUCUUUGUAAAUCGUUGUACUUAACUCCAAAGCAUGUUCUCGGUUAGGAAUUGAAGUGCUAACAGCUUGAUGUGAACAUUAUGUAAAAUACUGAAGGUUUACACAGAACUAGACAGACAAUAGGCGAACGCUUUAAUGGUAAAUUCUUAAAGAAAUACAUUAGCGUUAAAUUACACUACAUAUUAUAGAAAGUUGUUUAGCUGGCUUGUGUACAUUGCUAGCUCAUGAAGUAGUGUGCUAAUUUUGAGGAAUUUGAAAGCUUCUCUAAAACUUUCUGUGGGACCAAGGACAAAUAGUACCCUGACAGCCUUCUUCUGAGCCACCAGGAUUGUAUUUAGGUUGAUGUCAGAGGUGCCACCCCAACAAAUCAGCACCUUUUGAGAGAUUCCUCCCAUCUACAUCAUCCUUCUUAUACUGUGUGUCUUCCAAAUGAAAACUUUCUGGUUGGUUAAUUGAUGAUGAUAGGUAGCAGUUUUGUAUUUGUAAAUGGUUUAAGUAUUUUAAAUAAGGCUUGAGUAUACAGCUCAACGUUUUAUUACAUUCAAAUUAGAUUGAUGUAACAUCAAAGGUCUGAAAUAAGUCUCAAUCUAUGGGAAGAGGAGCACAGGGGUGUCAUCGCUUUCCUGAUGAAAACUAAAUUUAAAAAUUACCGUAACACACCUUUGCGACAUUAGAGAAAACUCAAAUCUUACCAAAAUUGAUCUGCAUGGUUAAUGUACUAGCUAAAUCCUUACACUAGUAAUACACGAAGAAAAAAUUGUUCAAAUGUUGAUAAUUAAUUAAGAACCGAAAUAUAUAAUAAAAUGAUCACUACUAGAAAAGUGUCAAACAACCACCAGCUCCAGGAUUGCUUUUAUAUGACAUAGAUACCUCGUCAGACAAUCCUUGACAUGUAAUAUCGAAUGUACAAUAAUGUAAUAUCGGUAUCGAAUGUGCUAAAUAUGUUUUGGUGGUUAUUUCAAUAACUCCG